UACAACUUUGCGUUGGCUGGAAGUAGUGUUAGUGACAAAUUAUGUCACGUUCUAAAAACUUUAAAAGCUUACGGUACAACUGACACGGCUGUACUACGUUCAAUAAAAAUAUUAUGCAAUGUGUGUAUACCUACAUAAGUGGCUAGUCCGGUUCUGCACUGAAAUAUACAAAUAAAAUAUUUAUUAGUUUCCUGGACUGGAAAUAUGGUAGGCGUUUUUCAUUCAUGUCCAGCACCAGCUGGCUAAAAAUUUGAUUAUAACUUAUGGUCACACAUAAAAUGCUCCUAUUGUCAAUUCUGUUUCGCCUAAAAAUGGACAUCUUCAGCAGGAAGUCGGACCCUUCCUUAAGCUCAUUAUUAACCGUUAAACUAUUACACUAAUACGUGUUAUCGGUGUUGUAUUUCAAGCAUGAUGGCUGACGAAACCCUACAAGACUUUAGAAAGGUGCGUGCCAGUCUGGUAAAGAGAGCUGCACGAAGGGUUCGAACCCCAUUUUCCGCUCGAUAUGGUGAACCUGGAGAGGAGAUGUGAUUGGGUACAAAAAUUAUGCUACGGAAUGGGUCACGUUUAUAAUGAUCUUUGUGCGGCUAUGUGGUUUUCUUAUACUCUAUUUUAUCUGCAAAUUGUUUUACAAAUGGAGUCGAAAACUGCCGGUAUUCUCAUAAUGACAGGACAAGUCGUAGACGCGCUGGCUACUCCCGUAGUCGGCUGUGCCGUGGACCGCACUGGUGCCCGGAGGGCGUGGCAUUUAGCAGGAACAUUAGCGGUGUCUGUUGGAUUUUCUUUGAUUUAUUGUUUAAAACCAACUCCGCUUAACACAUGGGUGCUUAUCGACUACGGUUUUGUCAUAAGUCUCUUCCAAAUAGGUUGGGCCAUAACCCAAAUAUCCCAUUUGUCCAUUAUACCGGAAAUAGCGACUACUCAUAGAUACACUUCUGAUUUGACCGCAAUUAGAUACACAGCAACUGUUUGUUGCAGUAUUUCCGUAUAUUUAAUAACUCUUAUAGUUUUAAAAAAUGAUAAUGACCCGAAUAAAAUCGGUCCUGAUGAUUUUUACAAGUUCAAGGAAAUAUCUUUGAUUAUAACUUUAAUAGGAAUUUUCGCCUCGCUCAUAUUUUACUGUGGGGCACUUACGAAAGAGGAGAGUCAAAGUGACUAUGAGAUAAUCCCGGAAAGUGAAUCAGAUUCCAGUGGUUUGGUCACAAAUGAAGCAGUCACGCAUUUUUUGAAAUCAUCAAUAAUUUACAAGGUUUCGUUAAUGUAUAUGGCUUCAAGGUUAUUCACGACGUUAACACUUAUUUAUAUUCCAUUGUAUCUGGAUGAAAAAGGAGCGAGAUCGGAGGACACGGGGGAUGGGAUUAGGCAAACAAUAGCAAGUGUUCCACUAGUCUGCUUCGUGGCUUCAUUUCUGACUUCUAUAGCUCUCAAAUUCAGGCUUAGACAGUGCAGCGAUAAGGUAGUCUAUCUGUUCGGCAUUAUAUUGGCCUUAAUUGGAAGCGUUUGGAUAAAAUUAGGGUUUUUGUUUCGAUCGGAUAGUCAAUUAUAUGUAAUUGCCUCACUAAUAGGUGUAAGUGGUUCUGCAACUAUGGUAUCCAGUUUAUGUUUAACUGCAGAAUUCGUUAAAGUCAAUGGUUAUGGCGGGGCUUCUGUCUAUAGCACAGUAACAUUUACGGAUAAAUUAAUAUCAGGCGGUGUCGUUCUUCUCGUGCAGAACCUCCAAUGUACGCCGAAGGAAAUGUGCCCACACUUCUACGAAGACGUACUCUCUUACGUCUGCGGCAUUGUAUCAUUAAUAGGUUUAGUCUCAUUAGCGACACUUCACUGCCGCUUAAAUUAAACACUUUUUACGACUCAUGUAUUUAUUAAAGAAAAAUUACAU